AGUGUUACGGAUGUUGCGAGUUGUUUCCUCUUCGAGACUAAUCUAGAGUGCGUUGGCACUCUGCCAACGCACUCUCCGCUGUCCACGUUCGACUGCUUAUCGAUAUCGACAGUGACCACGACGACGGGGCCAGACCCGACCAAUGGGAGCGUGGGACAUUGGCAACGUGCCAACUCGAGGUCUGAAUUGCAGCCAUUUUUAACACGAUUCAUGUAG